GACUCUGGAACGUUUUGAACUGCAGAAGCAGACAAUGUGUUUCGCUGGUAGGGGGUUUCAGGGCAGAUGGCCUCACGGCACAGCGCAGCACGGUCGAUGCGACGAGCAAUGAUCAUCCGAGAAGUCAAGGAGGUUGUGAAGAACUCGGACGCGUGAAACUGCCGCUCCGAAAUUGCUAUCAUGGAGAAGAAUCGUAGCAAAGUGGGCGGUAAAGACAAGAAGCAAAAGCGCAAAGAGGAGCUUGCGAAGAAGAAGACCUUGGACGAUCUCUUGAAAGUAGCAUAUGCGAAGGAGAAUAUCCUUGCAGAGUUUCCUGCUUUUUUAAAGUAUGAACGUAAUGGUCUGAACCUGACCAUCGAGUAUGGAACGGGGGAGAGCUUAUCGUCAUCAAUGAAGGAUUACAUCAUGAAACUUUGCACGGUAAACAUGGAGGGUCCGUUCGGCGACGAGUGGCCACAAGAGCAGAAAAAUAAACGCCGAGAAAUGGUCUCACAAGCAGCUCGGUACAUCAUUCUACGACAGACCAAUGGUAGUCAAGUUAAUGCCGAGAAUGAAGCUCAGGCCCUGGAAAGCAAGAGCACAGAGCAAAAGCAACAAAGUUUGUGGACUGGAGAAGGAGAUCCGGUUGUUGCUUUUGUCCAAUUUCGUUUCAUGAUUGAUCAUGAUGUACCAGUCCUUUAUGUAUAUGAGCUGCAGCUGGAGAGCUGUGUACAAAGAAAGGGUCUUGGGAAGUUUCUCAUGCAGUUCUGCGAGCUAAUCGGACGCAAGAAUCAGAUGAAAGGUGUAAUGCUUACGGUGCAAAAGAAGAAUGUUGGAGCCAUGAAUUUUUAUACGUCAAAGUUAAGGUAUUCUAUAUCGGCUGUAUCUCCUUCUAAAUGGGAUCCAAUGAUUGGUUCGGAUGCGAGCUACGAAAUAUUAUGCAAGACCUUCGAUGCUGAGGCCAAGGCGAUCUUAGAGGAUGGACGGCCCGAAAGUUGAUCGGUAUAUUCGAACACGGUUUGUUUGCGAAGUUCUCUUUAUGUGUUCGUUCUUAAUAUCGCGAAAUACUUCAGCACACGAGUGGGGCUGGGAACAAGUAUUUGUUGUGGAGGUUUUGAGAAGCUUGGUGUUACAAAGACCAAGGAGAAUUGGUUUCAACUAUUUGGGUGGUUGUUUGCCUAUCGGACAUCUCUUAGGAAACCUUAGCUGCCUGCGAAUGGAGGCGCUCCCGUGCAUGACUUUUGCAGGAAGCAGCUUCUACUUUGACACGUAUCAGUGGAAAGCCACACUAGUGUUACUCGUAUACCCUGGCAGCAGCCUAUACUCCCAGAUUGAGAGGACCCAGAGCACCGCGCUCUGUAAGGCUAUGGAGUGUCAGAGAAAAAAAUGUCCUCUCAUCAACAUCACCCUGGAGAACAUUCGUUUACGAGAAAUGGUCAUGGCGAAGUUUUCAGCAAGGACCGUACAGAAAGUAAUUGGCUUCAACUGCAUGCAGAGUAAAGGCUUUGGCAACCUCCUCAAAUGAGGAUUGUGAGUUUUUUAGUCGACAUAGUACACGCCGAGCAGGAAGUGUGCUAAAUGACUUGAGUCGGUGCUUAGCGGGAACGGCACUGUCAAUGUACUUUAUCAGAGAUUCAAGGGUUCGUCCAUGUCUUUAGCCCAAUUAGUGUCCACUCAAAUUACCUGCGGUCGGCAAGAGCUGGCGGUGAAGACUUAGAAGAGUUGUGGUGUAUAUCCUCUUUCAUCCAGCCGGGAGAGAUGAACGGCUUUGUCAUUUUCUACCUGGCUACAAUGAUAAUACAAAAGAUUGCGUGUUC